AUGGCGGAAGAAGUAAACGUGAACGCUGCUCUAGUCGAUGCUGGCGCCGCAACUGCGGAGGAAGCUGCUCUUGUAGCUAGUCUAUUGGAGAAACACGGAUUCAGCGUUCUACUUCAGCGAUUUAUCUCUGUUUACGAGAGGAAAGUGCAGCACCUCUGUUUGACGGUCGAUGAGGCGAAAUCGGAAAGAGAACGUCUUGUUUUGACGUCAGAAACAAAGUUUCAUCAGUUGGAGAAAGACCUGACGGUUACCUUACAACGUUUAGAUGUCGCACAGCGUGAGAACAACAAGUUGAAUCAUGACCUUUCACUGAAAGUGACUGAAUCAACUCAUCUACAGAAGACUCUGGAAGCUACAGAAACCGCUAGAGAUACUUCUGCAUUGCAGCAGAGAGAAUCUCACAUUAUCCAACAAAAACUUGAGAGCGAGAAGCAAGAGCUACUGGAAACACUUGAUCGGAGGAACACAGAGAUAACAAGACUAAAUGAGGAAUGGCACAGAAUGAGUGAGCGAGUGACUACUGCCAGUAAGCUUCACGGUGAAGUCCAAGUCAAGGUGGAUGAGAUUCAAAGCAGAGAGAUUACAUUCCAGUUUCGCGAGCAACGACUCCAACAAGAAAAAGAUCUACUUGAUUCUCAAAACAAGUGGCUACAAACAGAGCUGAAGAACAAGGCAGAAACUCUCGUCCAGCUAAAGAACGAAUACGCUUCUGAUCGGGUUUCACUGAGAAGUGAACUCAGUGACAAGUCACAACAGUUGACAAGAUUGGAGUCACUUGUUGAAGAGAUGAAGCAAACGAUGAAGGGGAAAGACGCAAAACUAGAAGUCUACUUGGAUAAAUUGAAGCAGGCUAGAGAGGAAAAGCUUCAAUGUGAAGAGCACUUCAGGAAGGAGUUAUCUGCUCAAACCAAACUAUCUACAUUGUAUCAGACGUCGGCUACUGAAUCAGAGAAGAGAGUCGAAGAACUAAUAACAGCCGUUGAGGAGCUGCAACAACUUUAUGGCAAAUCCGUUGAAGAACAAAAAGAAGUCGAAGUGUUACAUUACACAUCUGCUGCAAGAGUCAACGAACUCAAUGAGAUGGUCAACAAGCUGAAGGGUGAACUAGAGGAUGCUAAUGAACUGCUGGAACUUGCCAGACAACGAGGUGUAGCUUCGAUGUCUGAAGAUGCAUUGAAGGAACUUUGCCCAACAGCGGCGACGACAAGCUCGUUAUUGAAGUCAGGAAUGACUUUGACACAGAUCUACAGUGAAUAUGUGGAGACGAGUGAUGCAUUACGCCAGGAGAAGGAAGAAAACAAACGUCUCAAUGAUUAUCUCAACGAGAUCUUGAGAGAACUGGAGGAGAAAGCUCCCGUGUUGCAGCAGCAGAAGAGGGAAUUUGAAGAGACGUUGAAAAUGAACGAGCACUUGUCACUAAGAUUGAGUGACACAAUGAAUGAGUGUGAACGUAGAAGCGAUGAGACUGAACAAGCCAUUCAAGAGACCAAUUUCUUAAAACGAGAGAACAGACGAUUACGAGAGCAAACAGCCGACCUCGGACAGCAGGUUCGAGUUUUGCUUAAAGAGUGUGAGGAAGCUCGUGGUGGUCUGAGCUCAACGUGCGAUCCGUUGCUGCAUCGAGAUGAAGGUUCCAACGUCAGCAGUUCGUCACAGGUUAUCUCCAGCACGCUGGUUGCCUUCAGGAGCAUUCAGGAAUUACAACAGCAGAACCAGAAAUUACUGUCCGUGGUGAGGGAGUUGAGCGAAGAAAAAGAGCAGGCAGAGCAAGCACAAGCAGAUGCUCGGAUUACUGAGUUGCAGCAGCAGCUUCAGGUUGCAUCGAGUCAGCUGGACGAGUUACGACAAGCAAGAGCAAGGCAGUCUGAAAUGGUUGAAGCUAUUGUUCGUCAGCGUGAUAUGUAUCGUGUCCUCGCUCAGGGCAGCUCUCCUGCUAAAUUGUCUACAUCAUUAAAUGCAAGUGAUGUUGUUGCUGUUGGAGGUCUUGAGUCUGAUGAGGUAGCUGAAGCACGAGGCGCACUGAAAGAAUUACAGAGUGAAUUUGAGUCGUACAAGAAAGAGAAAGCUGAAUAUUCCAGAAUGAUUGAAACCAAGUUAGAGGAAUUCAGGGAUGAAGCAUCAAAGGUGAAGCUUGAAAACAGCCGGUUAUCUUCCAGCUUAGAGUUUGCCGGAGAACGAGCUCAAAUGCAACUAUCAAAUACAGACGGAUAUAGAAGAGAAGUUGACUCUUUGAGGGACAGAAACCAGAAACUAUCAGAGUCACAAUUAAAACUAGAAAUGAAUCUAGAGAAGGCAAGGCAGGAGUUAUUGAAGACAACUGAAGCUGUGGGAAAGCUAGAGCGUUCAUGUGAAAUGUUGAAACUCGAACGUGAUCAACUGAAGACUGCCGAGUCACGACUUCUCCAACUGAACGACGGACUGAUGAGAGAAAAACAGAGCCAGAAUGUUGUCAUCGCCAAUCUACAGACGUUAGAGAAGAACUUAGAACGAAGCGAGUUAGAAGUGAAGACGCGGUUGGGCAGCAAGAUUGAAGAUUUGGAACGUGAAGUGGUGACCCUGAGGCGAGAAUCGACUGCAGAGAGAGAGAAACACGAUGACAUGCUGCAUCUCGUUCAGACGCAAUUGAGAGAGACGCAGAGUCGGCUGGAGCAAGAAAGAAAACAAGUGUCGCUUGUGAAGGAACAACUCGUUGCAUCGCAGUCGAACAUCGCUGCUAUGGAAAGGACAGAAAACGAGUUGAAGGAAAGGCUACAGAAAAGUGAACAGCAACUUGAACAACUGACUGGAAGUAGCGCAGAUGAGACAGACGAACAGAAACAAUUGUCGGAAUUACGAGCUCAAAUCAGAUCACUUCAAGAGCAGAAAGAAGCUGUUGAUCAGCAGCUGUCUCAAGCUAUAAAACGAGCCGAUGAAUUCAAGGCUCUCAGCUUGGCCAAUGAGGAAGCUCUGCAAGAGUCAAAUCAUGCCCACAGUGACUUCCAAAAGUCUAUGGAGGCGAGACUGGCUGCUGCGAUUGCAUCAGAAGAGAAAACGAAAGAGAAACUGGCAGAUGUAGAGAAACGGAGAGAGAAACUUAUGCAAGAUCACGAAAAGCUACAGAAACACAUGCAUGAGCAGACUCAAGAUCUACGUCGAUCAGUGUUGAGACUCCAAACUGAUUUAGAGGACGCUGUUGCUGCUCGAACUGGUGCCGAACAAGGUGAACUCAUCGCUCAAACGGAAUGUCGACAGCAAGCAAGGAAAGCAGCCGAAGCCCAAGAAAAGUACGAGCGAGAGUUGACGUUACAUUCAGCCGACGUCCAGUCACUACAAAGUGUGAAAGCGAAGUUGAAGAAAGUUUAUGAUCAGCUGGAUGAAGCACGCAUUGCAUCUGACGAUGCUUCAGCACGCGUUCGACAGAUAGAAGCCGUGAUGGAGGAAAAGACACGAGCGAGUCGUGAAGAAUCAUCUCAGUUGACGACACGUAUGGACGACUUACAGAAACAGAAUGAGAUUUUACAUGAACAAGCAGAACGGUUGAGUCGACAGCUAGUUGCAGCUCAGCCUAGUCUAUCUGAUGCAUUGUCUGGAUUUUUGUCUGGAGAUUCUUCUUCUCAGACAGAAGACAAUCAUUCUAAGACUCCAGCUCAGUUGUGGGAUAUUAUACGAUUUUUGCGGAGAGAAAAACAGAUUGCUGAAACGAAGUGUGAAGUUUCUGGAGCUGAGAGCGUGAGAUAUCGCCAACAAUAUGAACAUCUUCAGAGACAACUGGAAGACACAAGAACGGCUCUAACAGAAGAACGCGAACGAUCACAGUUGACAGCACAAACAGCCGCACAACAUGCAGAAAUCAUGGAGAAGGUUGAGAACUUGAGCAUCCUUCAAGAUUCAAAUAAAGUUCUACGUGAAGAGAAGACGUAUCUCAGUCAGCAAGUUGCUCAACUGGAGGCAAAGGUGAAAUGGUUGGAAGGUGAGAUGGGGCCACUGAGUGAGAAUAAUCGACUUCUGAGUGGCCAGAAAGAAAAACUUUUAGCUGAGAAAGCAGCAUUGAAAAAUGAGGUUGAUCGGUGGAUGGCACGGACUAAUCACUUGAUUGAGGAGUGUAAUAGAGUAGAUCCAGAAGAAUACAAGGCUUUGAUUGAACAUCGUCAGCAAAGUGAGACUAAAAUCACCACAAUUACCGAAAGCCUCCAACAGUCACAAGAAGAAGUCGCAGCUUUACAAGCCGAAUCAAACCACCUGAAGGAUCAAAACGCAGAGUCUACAAAGAGCUAUCAAGAAUUACAGAAAGAGUUGGAGACUGUGAAGCAAAACGUGGAAGCGAAAACACGAGAAAUUGCAGAGAAAACAAAGAUGGUGACAAAGCUGAGGAAUGUUGGUCGCAAUUAUCGAACUAACUUUGAGCAAACAAAAGCAGAGUUGGAGGAGACGAAGAAGAAAUUGGAAGACGCUCUCAAACAAGAAGGCGAGAAAAGCGGCAGUCAAGAUGAUUUCAAAGCUGAAAUGGAGGAGAAAGUGAAGUCAUUGAGUCAGGAGAUUGAACAGCUAAAGAAAGACAAUCAAGAGCAACAGUUGGCCAUUGCAGAAAGAGACGAGAAGGUCAAGAGACAUCAGCAACUGCUGAAGAGAACUCAGGAGAGAAUGCGAACUCUAACAAAUGAAAACAUGAAACUGGCGGCAGAAAGUAAGGCAGCAACGAAAGAGACAGCCGGCACAGAGAAGGAAAAGCAUGCAGACGACGAGCGUGAAAUGCGUGAAGUAUUACUAAAACAGCAGCUGGAACAAAAGAUCAAACGCCUACAACAGGAAAAGCAGGAGGUCGCAGACAAGUCAAAAGAAUGGCAAGACAAAUAUGCAAAACUCCUCAAGACGAUGCAGGAAAAACGUGAAACAUUGCAGAAAGCUCAGAAACCAGCCGUCUCCGUUGCGGCUCCCAGUGUUGUGAGCCAAGUUGGAGUUUCAGUAUUAACUACAACACCAUUAGUGACAGCAAGUGUUGUGCCCACACCUGCAAUGUUGCAAGCAACUCCAACGGCGACUGUAAAACCAAUGCCGGCGUCUGGGACUCGAACGGUUGCCGUUGCACCAACUGCCGUGGCAGCGACGUCGGAUGUCUCGUCCGGUUUAAGCCAAGAAACACCAGCAAAUGUUGAAAAUGUUGCCGAAGUGAGUAGCGAGCACAAUGUGACGCUUUCUGUAGAAGCAAUGGAUCAGGAGAGUGAAGAACCGGAGGCUGGUGAUCAGUUGGAAGAAGGAGAGAUUCCACGGAGUGCCAGUCGAGACGCAAGUAGAGCACACAGUCCGACGUCUGUACAGCCGGCAAGUUCCGGCAAACGGCCACGCGAGGAAGCACAAUCGAGUGGGUCGUCUGUUGGUUCUGCAGGCAAGAGAGUGAAAAUGUCCGAAGACAUACUGGAAGCAUCAGAGUUGUCACACAUUGAGACUGCUUCAACAGAAACGUCACAAACGAGUGCCGAGCAGUCGCAACACAUUGAGAUUAGCUCGAGUGGUCAGAUCGAAGACUCGACGGAACGAAGUCACGACGAUGCUGGCGACGAGUUGGUAGAAAGAGCAGCACAUUACAGUCAUAGUGAAGAGAUGCAGGAAGGGACUGUCACUCAAGGAGAGAAUGAGGAGCCACAUGCAUCAGCUGAGGCUUGGACUGAAGACGUCUCAGAGCAAGGACCUUUGCCAGAAACGACGGAAAGUGGACAGACAGGCAGCGGAGAAUCGGACAACGAAAUGGCUGCAGAAGAGCAGCUUCCGAUCAGCGGAAGUGAUGUCACGGUCACUGAACCACAAACAUCACAAUCUAGUGACCAGAUGUCGAAUGUGGGUGAGUCCAGUCAGGCAUCAUCCAGCCUGCAACCUCCAAUGGCACCUGCGAGUCAUUCGAAGUCUAGAUUAGAGCUGGCUCGAUCUGAGCUGCCACGAUUCUCAUUUGGACAGCCACAUCCUGCACCAUCAAGUGGCAUUCAUUAUGAUGAAUCAGAAGACUCGACUGUUCCACACACGCCUGUCCUCCAUCCUCCUGGAAGAAGUGACUUUGCCCAGAUGAUCGCAUCACCCAUGGUGAACACUCAGCCGAGGUUUCCACAGUCACAACAACUUGUAGAUCCAGGAAGAGACAGUUUGGGAGCAAUUGCAACGCAGUCCGGUUUAAGAAUGGAUGACACUCAAAUUGACCUUCUUGGAUCGGGACGCUCGUCUCUUCAUCUCCACGUCUCACGCCAACAGCCAGAAGACGAGCACGUCCACACAUCUAUUGACCAUUCAAUUGGUGACUCUGAAGGACAACAGCAGUCAGAACAAUUAGGUUUAGAGGCUGACUCUGUGAUGACCGUUGGUGAAGAGGUGGAGAGUGAACAUAUGACAAGUGAGGUGCAUCUAGCGCCAGCGGAAACGAGUCUACCAGCCAGAGAUCAUUUCGUACAUGAAGACGACGUGAUUGACUUGACAGACAAUACUGGAGAUCAGUUUGGAGUCGGUGAGUCGUCAUCCGCUGUCGCUGCUUGGAUCGACGAGUCAAGUGAACCGGGUGAAUCCUAUCUAACUGCCGAACAAGCGAACGACCAAGUCGUAGAAACAGCCAGUGAAUCCGAUGUCAUAGAGUUAUCUGGUGAUGAAGCAUCGGAGCUCACCAGAAGACGCGAAGAAGGGAGAGAAACGGAGGAAGGAGACGACGACGAAUCUCAAAGUCAUACGACAGCUCAAGAGGCGUCUAGCAGCGGGUCAACUGAUGACACCCUAACGAGAGUUCAAUCGUCAGGAACGCGGUCUGGACGGAGAAUCAACAUCGUUCGAUCCACACAGCCAGGUCGUUCUGGGAGAUCAUCUGGCAAACCAAAGUCUGGAGAUUAAAACGACAUGUAGAGUUGUGUUAGCCUAUUGUAGGCAUCUUUGACAUCGUCUAGUGAAUUUUCAUCUAAUGCAUGAACAGAUCUGUUGCUACCAGACAGUUAGACACGAUAUGACUAUUGGAGUGUAUGUAAAGAAUUCAAACAUAUGAAGAA